AGGAACUAAUACACAUUUAACUGCCGUACUACUUACAAUUGUGAUUCAAGAAUAUUUAAGUAUUCUUUUGCAAUACAUAGGAUAGAGAAACCAUCUGAUACUAGUCAUGUCCAAGCCUACGAACCUAAAGGAUGCCUUGGCCAAGUGGGAGGAGCGCAAUAAGCAGCCGGCCAGCACCGCCACAGAAAUUGGCCUGCAGUUCCAGUAUCCCCCGAUAGAGAAAAUGGAUCCGAUCCUCAACACGCUGACAGAGUGCCAGAAGCUCAGUUUGUCCUCCAAUAUGAUUGAGAAGAUAAGCGGUAUAUCGGGAAUGAAGAACCUAAAGGUCCUGAGCCUGGCACGCAAUAAUCUGAAGACCCUCAACGGCAUCGAACCCUUGGCUGAUACUCUAGAGGAGCUGUGGGUCAGCUACAACAACAUCGAGAAGAUCAAGCCCAUCGAAGCGAUGAAGGCUUUAAGGGUGUUCUAUAUAUCCAAUAACGUGAUCAAGGACUGGGCGGAGUUUAUGCGCAUCGGCAUUCCACCCAAUCUCGCGGAAAUCACAUUUGUGGGCAACCUUUUAAACGAGAACAUGGAACCGGCAGCCUUUACCGCCGAAGCAGUGCGACGUCUGCCCAAUCUGAAGAAACUCGACGGGGAGCCAGUCAUUCGCUAGAGGAAAACCAACGAACCCUGUUCUCUUAUGUUCUAAAUAAAGGCAAGUCAAAAGUCGAACAACAGAACCUUUGACCUUAGUUCCGUAGUUCGACUAAAUCAUUGCCAACAGUACAAGGCUUGAAUCAAGAAUUCCUCCGACAGCCAACAGUUCAUUUUCCAAUUUUCAAUGCGUUCCCAAAGCUGCUGAUGAGCUCCAUUGUUUUGCCUGACUCAUGUUGCACCCGCCUCCUAACCCAAACCCAAGUUUAAGCCCAUUGGAGAAUGUAUAUCUGUGGGGAACUAUUCAUAGAUACUCUAAAACAAAUCGGAGUUUUGAGGUUUUCCUGUUUC